AGCUGCUCGGGGAUGAUAUGAGCGAGAGAGCGGGCUCGAGACGUGAUGGUCUUCACUGAUGUCUCUGCUUGAACUACAAGUUGGACUGCUGCGGGGGAUUCUUACAAGAUCUAAAGAUACUCUGCCACCAAAACACCAGUGGAGAUUUCAAGGAGUUUUUAAAAGAUACAUUUAUUGACUUUCCUGAUAAAGACAGUGGACGCAGGAAGGGCAAACACCUACAACAAUGGUCAUUUGUAUCAACAAAAGAGGCCACCAAUGAAGAGCAGAUAUCUAUUUUUAUUUUGACACAUUUGUUUAAGGAACUUUUUGUAUUUAGCAGAUUAAUGAUGGACACUCCCUCAGCUCCUCAGAUUGUUGUGGACAAGGCAGAAUGUGGGGAAGACGUGGAUCUGUCGACAGAUGACCAUCUCAUGAACUUGAAGGCCCUGACGGAGAAACUAAGACUGGAGACGAGGAGACCUUCUUACCAGGAGUGGAAAGCCCGGCUCGAGGAGGAAAGCUUCAGAGAGUCCGGAACUGGAAAAUGCACCAUCCAAGUGGAGCCUGAGGGCAAAGAAGUCACCCCCAAAGAGACUUUAGUGAAGUCUGAUGUGAUUCAGUGCAAGCUGCCGUCAGGUGUUCUGAAGGGAUUCGGGAACAUCGAUGAAGCUCUCAGCUGGCUGAGGAGAGAACUGACAGACAUGCGCUUACAGGACCAGCAGCUGGCGAGGCAGCUCAUGCGGCUCCGCAACGACAUCAACAAGCUGAAGAUAGAGCAGACGUGCCACCUGCAUCGCCGCAUGCUCAAUGACGCCACCUUCGGCCUCGAAGAGCGGGACGAGCUGUCGGACCUGCUGUGUGAAUGUCCCGUCACCCCGGGGCUUGGCCUCUCGGCCCCGCUGAGGCUCAUCGGCGUCACCAAAAUGAACAUUAACUCUCGACGUUUCUCGCUCUGCUAGUGGCGGUCCUUCAGGCUGAAAAUCCUGAAAAACAAAACGGCCCGUCUAAUGCUAUCGUGGCUCCAGUGCAACAUGACAGGCCUGGCCAUUUGUUAGAUUGUGGCCAAAUCUGUUUUUUGACCACAACGUUGUGAGAAUGAGCCGAGAUGGAAACCCUGUUUUACGGUCCCUAUAAUCAAAGAGAAAGAUUUAGGUAAUGUAUAUUAUUUAGAAAGAAGGAUUCCAGUGUUGGCUGUACAUAUAUAGUCUGUUUGCCACUAAACUAUAAGACAUGGCAGCUAUAUACAGAACACUCUCUGUCUUACAACCGCAGCAGAUUUUAGACCUUUAGGACUUGGCGUAUUUAAACUACAGUGAAACAAUCUCAAGCGUCUUCCUGUCCACUUUUUAAAGCCUAAUCAGUUAUACUGUUACCCUAUAUAUUUCCAUAUACUUUGGUUGUAUGCCAAGAUUGAUCAAGCAGAGAUAACAAUAUUUAAAUAUAUUCUUACUGCAUACAGAAUGUUUUCAGUGACAGUCAAGAAUAUUUGUCUUUCCCUGUCCCUGCAUCUUAAUCUUAAUAUUGAUACAAAUUGUUCACCAUACUAUACCCAAUGCACAUUUGAGUAAGCAAGUGGUUUAGUAAUUUAGCACAAAUUUUUAUAGAAUUUGAAGAAAACAAUUAUUUAUAAUGAUAGUCAUGUUGCUCUAUGGUCAACUCUUCAAGUAAUUUGCUUUUGGUUGGAGCUUUGUCCUAUUUAUGCUCUUAAUUGUGGAGUUCCAGGAAGUACUAUUUGAGAUGGCAUUGUUUGUCUGAAACUAAAUCUGGUUUAGUUUAAUGGUUAAACAUUGAAUUAUAGCUCAUGACAUGAUUAAGUGGAUCUUGUUAUGAUGGAAUAUAAUUGGAGGCAACCUUUCCUUACUGCUGUUCUUUGUGGGGGGGGGGUUUGCAUUUGAAAUGUAAGCAUAUGAAAUUUGAGUUCAUAGAAAAGGAAUUUCAGGGUCUCCGCUUUGUGGCAGAUAUACUAUAGUACAAUCGGAAACAAAACCAUGCAGCUUUAAAGCUCACACACACACACCACGUCUAAUUUGUUUUCCAAAACAACACUUUUUAACCAACACAAUACUUAGCCUUUGUCUCAGUUUGCAUUAUCCGCUCAACUCAACUUGAUCUUACUGAGCCUGUAAUAGACUGGAACAUACCUUAAAAUAUGAUACCUUAAAUGGUACCAUUGUUAGUGCUUAGUUGUUAGUAGAUUUCACAAAUGUACUGGAAAUAAAUAAUC